AUGGCCACCCUCCGAUUCACAUCUGCAGGUCCAGGCACCAACCCAGUCUUUGCAUACUGCUAUACAGCCGAGAAUGGUCCUUAUACCUAUGCUGGAUUUAUACCAGAAUACAACGCGGGUGGGAUUCCUGGAGGAAGGAAGAGACAAGUCGUAUCUUUGUGCGGAUGUUCAAACGAAGCUCCCUAUCCACAAGAUUACGGAAAUACAGCUACGGAAGAUGGUACCGCCUCAUGUUACUCUAAUCAAGCUGCGGUUUACACCCUUGAUUCCACAUACACCUUUGAGACCUGUGUUCCCAGUGGGGAUUUGUACGAUACCAGUAAUGGUCUUCCUACAGGAGCUUACAGUCCCGGUACAGUCAAGACUCCAGAGGACUGUCUUUUCGCUUGCAGACCAUACGAACUGGCUGCUUUCCAACCUGAUCCUAUGACCAAUGACUACGGCUGUUACUGUGGUCCAGAGUCCUCGUUCGAUAUCACAACUACUGGAACUUGUCAACCCAACGCUUACUUCGUAUACACCCAUACUGCUAACACCGUCGUCAGCUCUCAAUUCGCCAAGCGACAAUUGAAAGAGAGAUUACUCCAGGCUAAAAGAGAGAAACAAGCUCUUUGUCCUAAACCACUUACAGCUUGUAGAGUCAACGGCGUAGCUGAUUCCUUCGAGUGUCUUGAUACCACCUCUGAGCUCGAGUCAUGCGGUGGAUGUGCCAACGGUAACUUCAAUGCUAAUGAAACAAGCUUUGGGGUUGACUGCACUCAAUUGAUCGGUGUUGCUCCUGGUGCUGUCACAUGUACUCAAGGCCAAUGUAAAUCUUUCAAAUGUCUGCCUAACUUCACUUUGGCCGCCAAUGGAACUUGUAUCGCGGCUUGA